CCCGGAGAUUACCGGGCGGGGACGCGCCGUCGCGCUGGAUGCUGGCGGAGGAGCGCGACCCGGAACUGACCGCCGCGGGAAAGAAGCGACACCAGCCCGGGAUUCGCGGCCCGGAGCUGGGGACCGGAGGAGAAGUCCCCACCAGUGAACAGGGACCCCUCUGAGCUCAGGACACCAUGGCUGCGUUGGCACCACUGCGGAGCCUGGAAGAGGAGGUGACCUGCUCCAUCUGCCUCGAUUACUUGCGGGACCCGGUGACCAUUGACUGUGGCCACGUCUUCUGCCGCAGCUGUACCACCGACAUCCGCCCUGCAUCAGGGGGCCGCCCUGUCUGCCCCCUGUGUAAGAAGCCUUUUAAGAAGGAGAAUAUCAGGCCAGUGUGGCAGCUGGCCAGCCUGGUGGAGAACAUCGAGCGGCUGAAGGUGGACAAGGGCCGGCAGCCUGGGGAAGCGGCCCGGGAGCAGCAGGACACGAGGCUGUGCGAGCGGCACCAGGAGAAGCUGCACUACUACUGCGAGGAUGAUGGCAAGCUGCUGUGUGUCAUGUGCCGGGAGUCCCGGGAGCACAGGCACCACUCGGCCGUCCUCGUGGAGAAGGCGGCCCAGCCCCACAGGGAAAAAAUCCUGAACCACCUGAGUACCCUAAGGAGAGACAGAGACAAAAUUCAGGGCUUUCAGGCCAAGGGAGAAGCUGAUAUCCUGGCUGUGCUGAAGAAGCUCCAGGACCAGAGGCAGUGCAUCGUGGCUGAGUUUGAGCAGGGCCACCAGUUCCUGAGGGAGCGGGAACAGCGCCUGCUGGACCAGCUGGCGAAGCUGGAGCGGGAGCUCACAGAGGGCAGGGAGAAGUACAAGACCAGGGGCGUCGGGGAGCUUGCCCGGCUGGCGCUGGUCAUCUCCGAGCUGGAGGGCAAGGCACAGCAGCCGGCUGCAGAGCUCAUGCAGGACACCAGCGACUUCUUAAACAGGUAUCCACGGAAGAAGUUCUGGAUUGGGAAACCCAUUGCUCGUGUGGUUAAAAAAAGGACAGGAGAAUUCUCAGAUAGACUUCUGUCUCUGCAGCGGGGCCUGAGAGAAUUCCAAGGAAAGCUGCUGAGAGACUUAGAAUAUAAGACAGUGAGUGUCACCCUAGACCCACAGUCGGCCAGUGGGUACCUGCAGCUGUCGGAGGACUGGAAGUGCGUGACCUACAGCGGCCUGUACCAGAGCGCGUACCUGCACCCCCAGCAGUUUGACUGUGAGCCGGGGGUGCUGGGCAGUAAGGGCUUCACCUGGGGCAAGGUCUACUGGGAGGUGGAGGUGGAGAGGGAAGGCUGGUCCGAGGAUGAAGAGGAGGGGGACGAGGAGGAAGAGGGGGAAGAGGAGGAGGAGGAAGAGGAGGCCGGCUAUGGGGACGGAUAUGAUGACUGGGAAACGGAUGAGGACGAGGAAUCGUUGGGGGAUGAAGAGGAAGAAGAGGAGGCGGAGGAGGAGGAGGAAGUUCUGGAAAGCUGCAUGGUGGGGGUGGCCAGAGACUCGGUGAAGAGGAAGGGCGACCUCUCCCUGCGGCCGGAGGACGGUGUGUGGGCGCUGCGCCUCUCCUCCGCCGGCAUCUGGGCCAACACCAGCCCCGAGGCCGAGCUCUUCCCGGCACUGCGGCCCCGGAGAGUGGGCAUUGCCCUGGAUUACGAAGGGGGCACCGUGACUUUCACCAACGCCGAGUCGCAAGAACUCCUCUACACCUUCACUGCCACCUUCACCCGGCGCCUGCUCCCCUUCCUGUGGCUCAAGUGGCCGGGAACACGCCUCCUGCUGAGACCCUGAGCCCCACACCCACCGAUGCUUCACUGCUCUGGGAUUCCUGGGCUCUGUGAUGGGAGAGGAGGGGCCUGGCUGGAGCACCUGGAGCAGGCAAGGGGAGGGACCCCGUGUCUGCUGCCGCUCCCUCCUUGUGACUGUGGCCCCCUCGGGACCUCACUCAGUGCUGUUCCAUCCAUCCUGCUCUCGGGCUCCUCUCCCGCCUCCUGGGGUUCCCCUGCUGACUUCUGACCCUGAAGUCCACAGGGCUUCUCCCUCCCUCCUGCCCACUGCCUUUGACCCAGCUCUGCCCUCCUUGUUGAGUAAGAGGCGAGGCAGCACUUUCUUGCCCUGUGUGGCAUCCCAUGCCAACUGUUCUUGGGAGAGACCAGUUGACUAUUACACCCGAGGCCAUUUUACUGCCCUCCAAUCCCAUGGCUUCUCCUUGGCCCAAAUGCACUCUGCUGCCUACCUCCCCUGGCACUUUAAACACGCCUACUGCCACCCCAGCGCAGAGUUAAACACACAUGAAAAUGUUGGAAAUGAACCGAAUGAAAAUCCACUGAGGCUUCCCAGGCCGUUUAAGCCGCCUGGAGUGCGAGUGGAAAACAUCUCCUCACAAGGUCCAGAGCGGAGUCCAUGCUUCUCUGAGACCAGGGCUGAGCAUGUGAGGUUUCCAUUACCAGGAGGUGGGACUCCCUGAAGCCAUCUGUGAUCUGAUGGGAAGGAUCUAGAUAUAUGUGGCUUUGGGGUAACAGUUGUGAUUGGUGAUCAAUGAAUUAUCUCUGGGUUGGUCCUCUUGAGGAGAGUUUUUAAAAGAAUCAAAAAUACCCUCCUCUUGGUCAGUUCAUAUGAAAGCACCAGGGCAAAUAUCCAGCCAAGCAAAAACUCCCCUGCCUUGGAAGCCCUGAUCAGUUUUUGCAGCAGGGUAUGUAUUAAACUUCUGUCACUGGCUCUACUCAACAUCCAGCUGCCAUUUUCCUAGGAGAGGAGCUGGGGAGGGCAAGACAGGGCUGUGCCGGGAGAGGAGAGGAGGGCAGCAGGGGUCCCCGGCAAGCCACCAGGUCUUCAUGUCAAGAGAGGGAUCAAAGCGUAUCCUCAUUGCCCACGGGCCCAACCCAAGUCCCAGUCUCUGUCCAGGCUCCGCUAGUGCCCACGGUUGAGCACAAGCUCCUGCUCCAGCUAGAUUACCUCGCAGCCUUUGUCCUUGCCCAUUCCAGGCACUCUGCCAGUCCCCCGCUUAGCCAGUUUUAACUCCUCCCCUGCUCUAAGAGACUCUUCCCAGCCGCUGUGGAUCUCGGGCGUCUCUUAGCCACUACAUUAUCUGUAGUUGUACUCUUUGUAUAUAUCACAUGCUGCCUGAGUCACAUGUACAUCUGAUUUCUGCCUCUAGUUUUGUAAGCUCCUUGAGGGCGGACACUGUAUCUUAUACUUCUCUUGUAUUCUCCAUGGCACCUAGUGCAGUGCUGGGCACAGAGUAGGUGCUCAAUAAAAACUUGGUGAAUGAACAGCUGGGAUUCGUAUAUAUUUUAUUGUAACUCAAAUAUUACCGACCUUCACAGUCUAUGGCUACAGAGAGGUUCCGUCGAUAGCAGUAGCCCAGGGUUUUUCUACCGUGCCCCUUCUGGGUCCUUUAGAACUCUGCAACUCUGCUUGCACACAUGCUGUCAUUCGUGGAAGCCCCCAAAGAAGAGCUCCCCAUGGGACACAGAUCAGCCAACGCCAAGGUUCCACCUUGCUCUUCCCCUCCUGCAGUGGUGGCCCUGCGCUGAGAUCCAGCACCUGUGGAGCAUGGGGCUCCUGCGAGAAGAGUAAUGUCCAGCACGGCACACCCACAGUCCUUCCCUGGAAAAUAGGCAGUGCCCCAAAGGAAAUACAACCUACGGAGAUUCAAUUCUGCCUCCUAACAUUCAACUAUCUCACCAUUUUUUGUCUGUUCUUUUUGAUUUUUUAAAAAUUGCCAUCUGAAAGGUAGAAGAGGGAGGAUUACAGAAAGUACCUCUAAGAUUAUACUAAUGGCAAAGAGCAUAUUUCCCCCCUGUGCUCUCAUUUAUGGACUCAUUAAUGUUUUCCCUCGUAAAUUUAUU